CUUCGACUUCGUAUGUAGUUGGCACGAGUAGAGUAGAGAUGUCGCGGUGGUGUAAUGCGCUCCAUGGUGUUGUAGCAGCUGGUUUCCUAUGAUGGAAUAUCAUCAUAGCCCACACAGAACCAGGAGGGAUCGAAGGCGCGCAUUGAGUCCGCGCAGACGAUAGCUCUGCUGCAUUGCAUUGUUGUAGUGGUUCCUGGUCGUUAUUUGUGGCUCUGUACGUCGGGUGUGUUGUAUAAGUGGUGUUUUGUUUAUUUUUGUUGCAACUUCGACGACCCGACACGAUAAGAAGAGAGAAACAAAAAAAAAAUAGAAGAAACUUUGCAGAACGAUGAAGAAGACCGUGCUGUAAUAGUAAUUUUUGUGCAAUCCUGUGCGUGUUUUGGUAGCUGCGCGCGGUGGUAUAACGUAAUGGAGUAGUGUUUAGUAAACUUGGAGGUAUUUUUGCUCAAGAUUUUUGUUCUACAAGAACCCACUGUUUCCCAUAAGGAUAGUUUAAUUACGCAAGAUGACGAGGCACGUACCUGCAGAUAAGAUCAAUUUAAGACUGAUCCUUGUCAGCGGUAAAACGAAGGAGUUCCUUUUCAGUCCCAGCGAAUCGGCCGGAGACAUUGCUCAGCAUGUUUUCGAAAACUGGCCGGAAGAUUGGUGCCAGGAGUCGGUGUCGAAGGCGGAAAUACUUCGGCUCAUAUACCAAGGCAGAUUUCUACACAGCAAUGUUACAUUAGGGGCACUCGGCUUGCCGUAUGGAAGAACAACAGUCAUGCAUUUGGUUCCUAGAGAAAACUUACCUGAGCCUAACUCACAAGAUCAACGACAGAAAAGUAAAGGAGGUAACAGUAGUUGUUGCUCGGCGUCCUGCUGUAUACUUUAAGCUACACGAGUCUGCCAUUUUAUUAAAGAGUCACUCCUUAACGAUGUAACAAACACGGUGACUGCACUGAAGAAUGAAAAAAAAUAAAAACGUAUAAUAAUAAACAAAACAAAAAAUAGGAGAAAAAUAACAACAAC